GUUGCGGGCGGAGGGCGAGCGCUGGGGAGGCGUCAUGUCCUCCGAGGUGGCCGCGCGCCGCGACGCCAAGAAGCUGGUGCGCUCCCCCAGCGGCCUGCGCAUGGUGCCAGAGCACCGCGCCUUCGGCAGCCCGUUCGGCCUGGAGGAGCCGCAGUGGGUCCCGGACAAGGAGUGCCCGAGGUGCAUGCAGUGCGACACCAAGUUUGACUUUCUCACCAGGAAGCACCACUGUCGCCGGUGUGGGAAGUGCUUCUGCGACAAGUGCUGCAGCCAGAAGGUGGCGCUGCGGCGCAUGUGCUUCGUGGACCCCGUGCGGCAGUGCGCCGAGUGCGCCCUGGUGUCCCACCGGGAGGCCGAGUUCUACGACAAGCAGCUCAAGCUGCUCCUGAGUGGAGCCACCUUCCUCGUAACUUUUGGAAACUCGGAGAAGUCAGACACGAUGGUCUGUCGUCUUUCCAGCAACCAGAGGUACCUGCUCCUGGACGGGGACAGUCGCCACGAGGUCGAGGUCACGCGGAUUGCUGCUGUGCAGAUGCUCGCUGAAGGCGUCCCUCUUGGAGAAAAAGACAUGCACACUUACAGCAGCCUCCCGGGGAGCCAGCCCGCCGCUGAAGGAGGCAAUGCGCGGGCCACAGGCAUGACCCUGCAGUACACGGCGCCAGGGGCGGAGGGCGUGACGCAGCUGAAGCUGACGGCCGGGGAGGACGCAAACGGCAGCAGAAGGCAGGCGACAGCAUGGCUGGUGGCCAUGCACAAGGCUGCCAAGCUUCUCUACGAAUCUCGGGACCAGUAACGGCACGCGGGCUGGACAGUCCGCUAGGGGCAGCAGCACCUGCUCGCCAAGCACGCACAGGCUCAACUAACCCUACACGUGCUGGAAACGCAACUCAAGUACUCGGAGCUUACCUAGUGCAAUAUGUACACAGUUGAUUAAUGCUCAGAACACCUCGUGCUUUAGAAUUUGUCUCUUAUCGAUGCCUAAUUGGGGGUGGGAGAGACUGAGCUACACUACUGCUAAACUCUUUUUAGCGUAACCUAUACCGUGUUUUUAUGAGUGCCCAAGUUUACUAGAUGGUUCUGGCCCCUUGAUGUUCGUUCCAUUAAUUCUUCCACGGGAGUGACCUGGGCAGUGGUAACUCGGCCUGAUUUGUACUGGAGCGCAUCUCACAGACUGCCCGUUCACGUGUCACUCAUCUGGGGCUAUGAACAAACCUUUGCUACUUCACAGGGGAAGGAACAAGA